GACACUUUAAAUUUCUGACUGAUAAACGCUAAAUAUCAAUAAAUAAGUAGCAUUUAAUUAAUUUAUUACCUAAAUUCGGGCUCCCUAAAUUUCUUGACAGCACAUGUCAAAACAAUAUUAUUAAUUAUCAUUAUCGGACUCAUCAAAGCGAAAGUAUAGCUGACUAUUUGACUAUAGUUACGUCAUGAAUCUAUAAAUAAACAGGUCAUUUCACAGGCGCAUGCAGGUUAACGCUUCCGUUUUGUUGUUUACAUUUUAAACAAGGUCAGAGCUGACAGAGAUUUAUUAUCGAAUAGCACUUAUUCAGCACCAUGCCCCCAGCAGUAGGGAAGAAAAAAACAGUGGUGUGCUACAUUUGUGGUCGAGAAUUUUGCUCCUCUUCAGUUACAAUACAUGAACCCCAGUGCCUUAAAAAAUGGCAGGCCGAGAACAACAGAUUACCCAAAGGUCAGAGACGUAAAACACCCUCCAGGCCAGAGAUUUUACCAUCUAUUGGUAAUGGAGACUCCUCGGAUAUCGAGAGAUUCAAUGAAGCUGCUUUUAAGACUGCCCAGGGGCAGUUGUUGCCGUGUAAAAAUUGUGGACGAACGUUCGCGACUGAUCGGCUGGAAAUCCAUCUGAGGUCAUGCAAACCUUCUCAAGGUAAACAGUCACAGAAUGGGACCAGGGCUGAAGUUAAACCAGAAGAUACUGAGGGGAUGGAAUUGAGACCAAAAACAGCCGUUGUCGUCAAUCCUAAAGUUGUGAACGAGAGUAAUGCUGUGCCGCUAGAAAAACAGAGUACUAGACAGGCAGACGGGGUGCUAGAAGUUGCACUAUCACCUGCAAAGAGAUCAGAAGAUUCAGGCAACCAGUCGGCAGCUUCUGCAUACUCUUCUGGGGGAAGUCAAAGUAAACCUGCUAACCAGUCAACUCCUCAAAACCAGUCAAAAUUGAAUCCUUCAUUGGGAGCAAAGUUUGUUUUGUGCUAUGUUUGCGGAAGAAAGUUCGGGGAAGCUUCUGUGAGCAUACAUGAACCUCAGUGUUUAGAAAAGUGGAAAUUAGAAAAUAGUAGGCUACCAAAAGGGCAACGUAGACCAAUACCAAAAAAGCCAGAGGUGCUAACGUUAGCAGAUGGGAAGUAUGAUGUGGUGGCUAUAAAUGAAGCAGCGUGGCAGAGUGCACAGGCUCAAUUGAUUCCUUGUGACGGUUGCAGAAGAACAUUUUCACCUGAUCGGAUAACUGUCCACCAGAGAUCAUGUAAAGGGACUGGCAAAGAAAUAGCCAAGGCUGGGCCUAAGCCUGUGGGGGGCGGGGCAACCAAUCAGGGUCCCGCUGUUGGCCCUGGGUUCAAGAGGGAAGGCACUUUUACGUCAGAUAAUCCUCAUCCGCCCAAGUCAAUAGUACCACCUGGUCCAAGAUUUAUGCUAUGUUAUAUCUGUGGAAGAAAGUUUGGAACAAAAUCUAUAAGUUUCCACGAACCACAGUGCCUUGAAAAAUGGAAGAUAGAAAAUGAUAAACUCCCAAAAUCACAACGGCGCCCAUUGCCAAAAAAGCCAGAAGUUGCUGGUGGUAGUGGAAAAUAUGAUGUUGAUGCAAUAAAUGAAGCUGCCUGGCAAAGCGCACAGUCUCAGCUAAUAUCUUGUGGAAACUGCGGACGGACAUUUGCGCCUGAUAGGUUGUCUGUCCACCAGCGUGCAUGUAAGCCCAAGGGCGGGGCUGCAGCCACCAACAAUGAUGACUCAGGGCCUGGGAUGGCCUCAAAUCAUCUUGGUGGCCUGAAGCAGCCAAAACAGGGAGCAAAGGGUGGACCGCAGACUGUAGUAUGCAACAUCUGCGGGCGAGAGUUUGGGUCUAAGUCAAUUGCAAUUCACGAGCCCCAGUGUCUUGAGAAAUGGAAGGUGGAGAACUCAAAACUGCCCAAAGGUCAGAGAAGACCACUGCCAAAAAAACCUGAUGGAGGAAUGUCCAGACAGGAGAUGAAUGACCUUGCCUGGGAGAAUGCGAAGGCCCAACUGCUCCCAUGUGAGAACUGCGGGCGUCGUUUUGCCUCAGACCGCCUGCCCGUCCACCAGCGAUCCUGCAAGCCCAAGGGUGGGGCAGGUGGUGGGGGCUCCACUGGUGGGGCAGGGGCAUUUGGGGGCGGUCAAUCUAAGGCUCCAGUUUUUAAGAAGCCUCCUACUAUGGUGUGCUACAUUUGUGGACGCGAAUUUGGCACGAAGUCCAUUGCGAUACACGAGCCCCAGUGUCUGGAGAAAUGGAAGGUUCAGAAUGACAAACUCCCGAAGGGCCAGCGGAGACCCGAACCUAACAAGCCAGAGGUUCGCUCUAUUGGAGCAACAGGUAAAUAUGAUGUAGACGCAAUGAACGAGGCAGCGUACCAGAGUGCAAUGUCAAACCUAGUACCAUGCCCGAACUGUGGGCGUACAUUCAACCCUGACCGUCUGACUGUACAUCAGCGUAGCUGUAAGCCCAAGGUACCCAAGGAGGAUGCCUGAACAUUGGAUUGACCACAUUAUGAUGGACCACCUCUGUUUUAAUAUCAUUCCUUACAGAUUUUAAUUGAAAUAGACAUAUUUUGCUCAUAUACAUGUAUAUAUAUAUGUCAAACAAAGUGAGAGAAGCAUG